CGCUCCCGCUUCCGCUUCCGCUUCCUGCCGCGGCGCGGGUCAAAGGCCGCCUGGGCCCUCAGCCGGAGGGGCGGUGGUGGGAGCGGAGGGGCAGUUCUCCAAAUGGCUUCUUUUGGGUGGAAGAGAAAGAUUGGUGAGAAAGUUUCAAAAGCCACUUCACAACAAUUUGAAGCAGAAGCUGCUGAUGAUAAAGACCUGGUUGAUGAUGAUGAAGAUAACUGGGUGCAUGCAACUAAGAGAAGAAAAGAAGUUCUUCUAGAAGACUGCAUAAAGAAAAGCAAGCAGCUGAAGGAUGAAGGUGCAGAUUUGGCAGAAAACAUGAGAUACCGAGAGGCUAUUCACAAAUGGGAUGAAGCACUUCAGUUAACUCCAGAGGAUGCUACACUUUAUGAGAUGAAAUCACAGGUCCUGAUGUCUUUGCAUGAGAUGUUCCCAGCAGUGCAUGCAGCAGAAAUGGCUGUCCAGAGAAAUCCGCGUUCCUGGGAUGCCUGGCAGACUUUGGGACGUGCCCAGCUUGGAUUAGGAGAAAUAGCACUGGCAAUCCGAAGUUUUCAGGUAUCCUUACACAUUUUUCCAAUGAACCCUGAGGUAUGGGAAGAGGACCUUUCUUGGGCAAGAAAACUCCAUGAACAUCAGGAGAAGGCAACAAAGACUGAGGCAGUGCAAGCCCUGGCAAAAGCAAAAGAGUUUCCUCAAGAAUCAAUCCCAGACUACGACUUUGAAAGUGAUGAGAUUGUGGCAGUCUGUGCUGCCAUCGCAGAGAAGGAGAAAGCUCUUGCAGCAGCUAAAACUGUAGUGAUUGUGUCUGCUUCAGGCGCUGUAGAGACUGUUACUGAGAAGGAAAACUGUACUACAACUCCUGAUGAUACCAUUUUUAUCAGAGCCCGAUAGGGCAGCCUGGUAUGUUGUCAGGGCUAUGUAUAUUUUGAGAACUAGUGUUGUUUAUUUUAUGUUGAGUUUUUCUUUUUUUCCCCCUUUUUUAAAAAUCAGUUGGGGAGCCUACAAAAGAAACUAUUUUUUCUUUUGAAAUUUUUGAUUUGAUUGAAACCGUCUUUCUUUUUAAAAAGCACAGACCUGAAUUCAUCUUCCAUCCAUACUUUUGGAGAAGCAAGCUAAGAGUUGAUUUUAAAAAUCUCAUGAACAAACAUAAUGUUAAAAUGUGUAACUACAUUAUAACAACAUCUCUCUUGUAACUGUAUUUCAUAAUUGUUCAAGUUACUCUCUACAUCUUCUGAAUAAUUAAUCAGCUCCUAUUUAAAAUAUAAAUAUUGAUAACAAAUUGCCCUUUUUUGUUUAUAUUUCAAGCCUUAAUGAUUAACAUUUAGCAGCCGGUUCAAAUAUGAGUUGUUCUCUUGGUCUCAAAAGUCUGGCCUUUCCUUAUUUUAAAUGCUGGUCUACUGCCAGCACCAAAAGUAAAAUGAUAGGAGCUGGAAAUAGGUACAUCUCUGAAGUGUAUUACUUCUAUCCUUUUUUUCCCCAGUAAUGCUGAAAAUCUUAUAAAGGGAAUCAAUUGAUCUUUCAGAGUUCUUAUGACCCACUGUUCAGGACAGCACUGCUUCAGUCUCCCUUUUAAAUCAUUUAAAUCAAGAAAUUUUGUUGGAAUGAAAAGAGCGUGCAAUGCAAUAAGUACUUUCAAAAUACCUAGGCUAUAUGGAAAAGCCACUUCUUACAAUAUCUAAACUUAUCUAUGUUGCAUUUCCAGGCAUCUUAUGCAAAACACAACACAUUUAAUCAGGAAAUUUUGGGGGGUUGGAUAGCAGGGAGAGUGUUGUGUUAACGCUGAUGCGUGAUUUAGGAGGUUUCUUUACCUAGUCUUUAUCUUUCUUUAGGGGAAGAUGGUGGUUGCUUCCUCACAUGGGCAGUUCAGAGAAACGAAGUCAUGCUACUUCCUUCGGCUUCUCUUGGCUGAGACGGCCCUCUUUUCACUGUCUGUAGAUGCAUUUGAAAGAAUACCUUCCUAACCAGGCUGCCACUUUGGCAUGUAUGAAAGUAGGCAAUUAAACUGCCACCUUGUGAAUAAUCUAACUUAGCUGAAGUUUCCUCCUUGCACAAAACUAGAUUUUAGCUAUUGUUUAUAGCUAAAUAGACAUAUUUAAGCUUACUUAAAUGUAUAUGUAAUAUACAGGUGCAUUUUAAGUGUUACAGUGACUGCAAAGAGACUUUUGGAAGAAAUGGUCAAUUGAGAAAAUCCCAGAGAGUUCAGGAUAUAUAUUUUUGGGAGAACAUCAUUUCCAUUCAAUUUUGAUAAUUUUUGCGUGACAAAGACGGGUUUGUAGCCAAGGGAAACCUUUUGAAAUCAGUCAUUUUUGCCUUUUUAGUAGUUGAUUUUUAUUUUAAAAUUAAAAUAAUUUUUAAUUAAAAUGUUUAAAAACACAUUUUGAAAGGAAAUAACUUUGCUGGAGAAGCCUACUGCUUUUUGCAAUAAUAAAUGUAUUAUAGAAAAAUUAUUUAACUUAGGUCAUAGUUUCAUUUGAAUCUUGUUAAUUCUUCAGAGGACGUCUGUCCUCCAUAUAGAAAUAGAUUGUACCUUUCAGAGACUUACUUGCAGUGUUGUACUUACUGUGUUUUCAUUAAUUUUUGUGUGAUUCUUCUUGAAUUUAUUUUUGUAUAUACGGUAAUUUUUGUAUCUAUGAGCAGAUACACACAUUCACCCCCCCCCCACACACACACACCUUACGCUUUUUAACAUCUGAGUAUUUAAAAUAUCUGCAGUUAACAUCUUAUGCAAAACACAACACAAUGCUCUGUUUUCAUUUGUCCAAUUCUGGAACAGAUCCUGAAAUGCUUGUUGAAUGGACAUUUGAUUAUCAUACUGUUUGAUUGAAGAAUUUUAUCAUCAUAUUUUUCCUAACAACUUAACUAAGACAAUCUAAGUAGCCACAGGAAGAAUUACUAUGAAAAGGAUUUGGACAGAUUUCUUCCAAGAAGAGACACCCUCUGGCUAGAGGAAGGUAUGUGUAAGAUGCAGUAAGGUAUGUGUCCUCAUUUUUAAAGGAAAUGGGCUGUAAUCUAACACAUUUCUUUCUUUGCCUUUUAUACUUGUGUGAAUGUGUUACGUAUUUACUCAUACAGUUAAGACUUUGUCUCCAUCCUUUCAGAGGUCCAUGUUAUCACUGCAUCUACUCCCACUGAAAUGAUUCACAAAAUUCCUGCUGAAUUUGUUUUUUUGUUCCAACUAGAUCAGGCUUCUGGGUAUUGUCAUGACACUAAUAUCUUGUAACAGGCAGCAGCUAAGUUCUUGUGACUAUGUUAUUCUCAACCUGGGAAGUUUGACUUUUUUUUUUUUUUGUACAGCAUGUCAUGUUUUGCAUGCAUAAGACUUUUUGGAUCUAUUUGAAUAAAAUAUUGGCUUCUCUGCUGCUUA